CUGUUGAUGAUCGCUGCUGCUGCCUGCUUGCUGUUGAUGAUCGCUGAUGCUGCCUGCUUGCUGACGAUCUCUUCCACCCGACAAACACUCUUCCACCAGAGUGCUCCAACUUUCCAACUGCUUUUUGUAGAUGGCGAGGUUUUUGUUUUUGUUCUUUGGCGAUGCAUAAUGUUUAUAAGCUGUUUGCGCAUCGUAUCCACCAAGUAUAUCAAUCUUAUCGUUCAGACCUCGGGGCAGUCUUUUCGUAUCACGUAAUUCCUCUCCUUUUGAUUCUAGCUUUUGACGCAUUUUUGUGGUUUUAGUGCUAUCCCGUUUCUUCGGUUCGUUUUUUCUAAUGAUCGCAUAGAUAAUCUCUUGCAGAUACACUUUGCAUGCCGUUGCGCAUGUUGCGUCGAUCAGUUUCGCGUUUGGCAAUUCUGCCUUUGUUCGGCGCUUGUGUUUCGGAUCAUCAUCAUGUUUCCUUGUUGGUAGCUUGAUGUCGCUAACGCGGAUCUAUUACAAAUUCGAAAAAAAGGGUGAAAAUAAACAUCUAUCCCUUUUAAAAU